CCUCUGAGUCGAUCACGUCUCCUCCUCCCUGCCGCCACCAGAUCUCCAUCAUGGCUGAUCACGUCGCCGCUGCCCCUGCGGGCUCCCCGGUCCCCUUCUGGAUCAACGGCAAGGAGGUCCAUUCGGAGAGGAAGUUCGAUGUUGUGUCGCCGGCUUCCGGCAAGGUCGUCCACGCUUCGGCCAGCGCGACCGAGGCCGACGUCCGUGCUGCCAGUGACGCUGCGGCGAACGCCUUCAAGACGUGGAAGAAGUCGCCGCCGCAGGUGCGCCGUGACAUCCUCCUGAAGACGGCCGAGGUCAUGGGGAGGAGGAAAGAGGAGCUGAGCCAAUACAUGAUGGACGAGACAGGCUGCACGCGCCAGUGGGCCGACUUCAAUGUCGAUACCGCGAGGGAGUUCAUCGUUGACGUCGCGGGCAGGGUGGCUGCAGUGGAAGGCAGCAUCCCUACCCUCGCGGAUCCCAACAGCGGUGGCAUGGUGCUCAGAGAGCCCUUUGGCGUGGUCCUGGCCAUUGCCCCUUGGAAUGCCCCCUACAUUCUCGGCGCCCGCUCCGUUCUCUUCCCGAUCGCGGCCGGAAAUACGGCCAUCCUCAAGGGAUCCGAACUGUGCCCGCGGACCAUGUGGGGCCUUUGCUCCGCGUUCCACGAGGCCGGCCUGCCAGACGGCGUCCUGAACCUGCUCUUCCACGAGCCGGCGAACGCGCCCGCAAUCACCCAGAUGCUGAUCGCGGAUCCCAACGUCAGGAAGAUCAACUUCACCGGCAGCACCAGGGUCGGCCGCGUCAUCGGCAAGCUGGCUGGCGAGCAGCUCAAGCCCGUGCUCCUCGAGCUGGGGGGCAAGGCGCCCGCCAUCGUGUGGGAGGACGCCGACCUGGACAACGCGGCGGUGCAGUGCGCGCUGGGCGCAUUCCUCAACUCGGGCCAGAUCUGCAUGUCCACCGAGCGCAUCCUCGUGCACAAGAACGUCCGCGCCGAGUUCGAGAAGAAGCUGGUCGGCGCGAUCGACCACAUCUUUGGCAGCCAGCACGACGCGCCGGUCCUGAUCAACAGCCUCGGCGUCGCCAAGAACAAGAAGCUGAUCGAGGACUCGCUCGGCAAGGGCGCCUCGCUGCUGUACGGCGACGCCAACGCGCAGGAGGCGAGCGCCACGCGGAUGCGGCCGGUCGUCGUCAGCGGCGUCAAGGCCGACAUGGACAUCUACCAGACGGAGAGCUUCGGCCCGACCGUGUCGCUGUUCGAAAUCGAGACGGAGGAGGAGGCGCUGCGGAUCGCCAACGACACCGAAUACGGCCUCAGCUCGGCCGUCUUCACCGAGGACCUGCGCCGGGGCCUGCGCUUCGCCAGGGAGAUCGAGACGGGCGCCGUGCACAUCAACAGCAUGUCCGUGCACGAUGAGAGCGCGCUGCCGCACGGCGGCGCCAAGGCCUCGGGCUACGGCAGGUUCAAUACCGCCCAGGGCUUGCUGGAGUGGCUCAGGACCAAGACUAUCACGUACAAGUAUUAGGAUAUGGCGUUGUGUGAACGGCUGGGUAGCGUUGUGUGGCAUUUCGAUACCAAUUUCUUUUUUCUCUCCUCUCUCCUUGCCGGUAAAGUAAACACAUGAAUAAUGAUCAUCGGAUUGUGAGUGGCGAGACAUAUAGUAGUGACAUGUCCUUGUCCCCGGCCGUCGUGUUGCGUGGUAGCUGUUAAGUGCCUCGGGAUGUCGAAAACCAGGGAAGCAGCGUGCUGACCUAAGUUUGCAGCGCAACUGUCCAAGACCGGCGGUAAUCUACCCUGCCGACGACCUUUGCCGCCGGUGGUGGGCUGGUCGGAGGGCGUUUUCAGGGGCCCUAAGGGCGAACAAUCUCCUUGCCUCCGCUCACGAACCGGCACCCGGCGAUGAUCAGCCCCUUCCAGACCUCGAACUCGUCAUCAUCCCGCGGCGCGUACAGCAUAACAUAGCUCCACGGCAUCAAAUUGCCCACCCCGCUGAGGCGAUGCCUCUCGGCCCAGCCCUUCCUUAUCGCCUCCUCGGCAUCCACCAGGCUCAGCGUGACAUGCGAGCUGCCCUCGCCGUGGACGUGCGUGAUCUCGCCGCGGGCGGCGCCCAUGAACGGCGCCACGUCCGCGUCCUCACGCAGGAAGACGGCCGGGUCGCCGCCCUCCAGCCGCGACGGCCGCUCCUCCAGCACGGCCGCGUUCCGCUCCAGCACCGCCUGCAGGAACCCGCGCAUGCGCUCCACCAUGGCCCCCGUCGCCUGCAUGCUCACCUGCCGCUGCGGCGCCACGAAGCUGGGCACCUCGGGCCGCUCGCCGCGGCGCACCGGCAACGACGACGGGCCCUCCCCAUCCUUCAUACCGCCACCGCCCGCCGCCGCAGCCAAGAAACUGGUGUCACCGCAGGGCUCGUACCGGCGGCGCACCUCCUCGCGCUGGUAGGGCAGCGCGGCGGCCGGCGGCACCGCCCGCACGUCGCUGCGCGCCACCAGGCGCGCCAGCGCCUGCGUCAGGUAGCCCAGCAGGUUGUGCGGCAUGCCGCCCUUGCCGAGGGCCAGGAAGGCGCGGUAGUCGCGGUACCAGCGCGGGAGGUACGCGAGGAGCAGGAUGGCCGGCAGCGGGGUGGCCAGGGCGACGAGUUGGCUUGUUGGGCUGGUUGGGCGCAUUGGAGUGGGCAGGUGUCGGGUCAGAGGGGUUAGGUGGGUGGUGACGGUUGUGAGGAGGUUGUUUAGACUCAUUGUUGCGGGUGAUGAGAGGGAGGUGUUGUUUGUUGUGGGUUUGUUGUUGGUGUUGUUGGUUAUUGCCCAGAAGAGGAAGAACCGGAGUUGAGGUGGGGGAUGCCGAACGGUCGGCGUGGGUGAAUUGCUUGUUGGACUGAACUGCCCGCUCGAGCUGUGUGUUGCGCUGGGAGACAAAAAGAGACGCAAUUGGAGAGAGCAAUUCAAACCACCGAGCGUGGUGGUUGAAGCUGGAUAUAAGAGUACGGUUUUGGGAAGGAACUAGUUAGGGCUGACGGUUCUAAAUCAGGCCACUUGCG